UCACCACCCUCUCGGAACUCACCACCGCGGACGGUUGUUCCCUGACGGCAGCUUCUCUUGCUGGCCAACCCUCUGGACACUUUGUGACCAGCUACAAUUGGCCCCGUGCCCGUCGCCCUGGCCCCUCUCAUUGGGACCUAUGGCGACGCGUCCUCUCCCAAGCCGUUCUCCGCCCCUACAGCCGUGGUCGCCGCUUGUUGCAGCCCCUUGGACCGUGGUCUGAUUCUCUGGACCGCUGGACCUGGCUCCUCUCUUGCACGUCUUCGAUCCUCUUCCAUCGAACGGCCUCCUACCUGUUCAUCUACCGACCCAUCAACUCCCGUUCUCAUCGGACCUUCCGGCGGGAUCUUCAUCAUAACUGGACGGGGCCACUUCCUGGGGACGUCCAAAGGGCAUCAGUCGACCUCCACCCACGGACAGCCUAUGUCACUGUCACUGUCACAGCCCCGGUUGAUCCACCAGAUCCGGAGACGUUGCCAUCCUCGAUCCUUCACAUCUGGCGGGAUUUGGCAGCUGACAUGGCCGACAAGUGCCCGGAAUACAUCUACAUUGAGGGUGAUAAACAAGUCCUACUGGAGGCGCUGGAGAAGGGCAAGCUAUGGGUGAUCAGCGAUGGCUCCUUCAAGCAACAAGUGGGCACCGCCGCAGUCCAGCUACGGACUAGACACGGAGGGCAUGUUGUCUGGAUCAAGUGCCGCACACCCGGCAAACGAGAGGAUCAGAGUGCCUACCGGAGUGAACUUAUUGGUCUGUUAGCUGGUAUCUUGGUGGCUUCUUGGCUCCGCCUACGCCUACAGUCCCUUGCCAAGCCACAAGUCCAUGUGGCGUGUGAUGGGAUCACUGCGCUCCGCCAGGCCUUCUCUACUUGGCCGUUGUCUCCUACCGUCCCACACUUUGAUCUCUUGUCCUCCAUCCGCGCGGCUCUCCGAGUUUCCAACAUCUCCUGGGCCGAACAACACGUGGGUGGCCACGCUGACCGAACCAAGACAUGGAGCGGGAGGCUCCACGGCUGGCCAAUGGCUUCUUCUUCCUUCGUUUACGCUUAG